AUGCAAUUCAAAAAUAUUUAAUUCCUUUUGACUGCUAUCUUAGCAAACCUAGUUUAUGGAGCUGAAAAACUAGUUGUAUCGCAACUGAAUGGUCUUUUCACUAGUGGAUAGGUUUCAUGGGUUAAAAAUAAUGUAUUUACAUGCGGAGCAACUGACUUUACAGAUUUUUCAAGAUCAAGUGUUUUGGGUAUAUUUGGUAAUAACAAUAAUAUUACUUAAAAUACCUUUAAUCUUCCACCACAUUGGAGUUUCUCAGUCAGAUUUGACCUUCUACUCUAUUAAUCUUUAGAUAAUAAUAUAAGAGAAUAAGACAUUAUAUUUGUAAAAAUUGAAGGAGUGACAGAUAAGUUCUUAAAAGUAGAUGCAGGUGGUGGAUAUAAGUUAUGUGCAAUGGGGACUAGUUGGGGAGAUGAAUUAGUCCUUUACUAUAGAAAUUUUACUCAUAAUUUAUCUUCUACCACUAUUUUACUUGAUACAAAUGCAAAUGAGGAUGUUAGUAAUGAAGCUGCAAAUCAGUGUUUAAGAUGCCCUACUAAUUCUGAUUAAAGUGGAAGUACGUGCUAAUGUAAAAGCGGUUACUAUGCCCAAAAUAAUUCUUGUAUUGAAUAUUGCUAAUCAGGUUUUAAAUAAGACUCAACAGGAUAAUUCUGUGUUUUAGAUUUUUGCGAUAAAGCAAAAUGCAAAUCUUGUGAUAAUGUUUUAGAUAUAUGUACUGAUUGUCUUUCAGGGUUUUUUUUGAUAGAUGGACAGUGUGUAAAUGAAUGCCCCUCAUAUUCGACAGCUAGCGGAUCGAUAUGUGAAGAUCUAAAAUCUAAAACUAGCAAUGGAGUUUACUUGCUUAAAAGUAUGUUUGACACUAAUUUCGGAGAAAGCGAAGUGUAAGGAGCAGGUAUCACAAUUGAAGGAUUUUAAGGAUUCAAUGAUAAGGCAAGUGGAGCACUAACUACCUCCUGUGGUGGUAAGACAUUAUUAGGAGGAGCGUACUUAAGUUCUGAAAACGCUAUUAUUACCUCUACUUUGUAUAGUGGAUUAGAUCCUCACUGGUCAGUAGUUAUCGGUUAUACUCUUUAUAAAAUCGAUUCUUGGAGUACUGAGAGUGUCUAAUUAUUUGUAGAUAAAACUUCCAUAGUUACUACAGUAAAGAAUGCAGGUGAUGGAGACUCAAAUAUAUGUGGAAGAUUAUCGAAGAAUGACUAAAUAAUAAAAGUUUCUAAAAAUAUUACUCAUUCUAGCUCAACUCUUUAACUUUAAAUAAAAUCAAAUUUAAGAGGAGAUACUUUUACUAAAUCUUUUGGAAUUAGAGAGUUGUAUAUUCUAGUAGACUAUUGCUCAAGUAAUUGCUAAGAAUGCAAUGCCUCAGGAUGUGUCAAAUGCAAUUCUACCUAUUAUUUGUAUAAUUCUUAGUGUGUUUUAGCUUGCCCAGACGGGUAUGUCUCUGAUAGUCGUAAUACUUGCUAAGCAUGUCACUCCACUUGUAAAACUUGUUCAUCACCAUCGAGCACCUCAUGCUUAACUUGCUAAGAUAAUAAUUAUUUAAAUCCAGACGGUACUUGCAAAGAUAGCUGCCCUCCUCAAUUCUGGGGUGAUAACUCAAAAUGGUAAUGCAAACCAUGUGAUGCAUCAUGCUAUUAUUGUUAAAAUCCAGGUAAUUCAAAUUCAUGUACAAGCUGUAGUGGAACUUUAUACUUAUUUGGAAACCAGUGUUAAAGUGAUUGUCCUGCUAAUACAUUUAAAUUAACUUAAAUGUUCAAUAAUAUAUGUUAGACAUGCCAUUUGUCUUGUAAAACUUGUGAUGGAGCUACAAGCGAUAAUUGUUUGAGUUGUGAAGCCCCAAACUUAUUCUAUUAAAAGGGCUCCAAGACUUGUUCAGAAAAUUGUUAAUUAAAUUAAUUUAAAAAUACAAGUAAUUAGGAGUGUACUUCUUGUAAUGCCUCUUGCAAAACUUGUUAUGGACCAGAUAGUAAUAAUUGUUUGAGUUGUGAAGGACCAGACUUAUUUUAUUAAGAGAUCUUCAAAAAAUGCGUUUAGGAUUGUGAUAAAAAUUAAUAUAAAAAUGAAGUUAAUUAGACAUGCUCAACUUGUGAUCCCUAAUGUGCUACUUGCUUUGGUCCUGGUAGUAAUAACUGUCUCUCUUGCCCAAGAAAUCUAAUUCUAAUUUUAAGUUUAGGAUAAUGUGUUGAAAAAUGUCCUGUCUCAUAUUAUAAAAAUAGUGAUAUUAAUUAAUGUCUUCCAUGCGAUCCUACAUGUUAAAAUUGUGACGGUCCUUUAGAAAGCAACUGUACAGAAUGUCCAUAAGGAUUGCUAUUAUAAGAAAAUAAAUGUGUAUCAAAAUGUGAUGAUUCUUAUUAUGUUAAUCCCUUUUCUAGCAUUUGCCAAAAAUGUGAUUCUUCUUGUAAAACAUGUUUUGGACCUUCAGAAUCUGAAUGCUCUUCUUGUGCCUUAGAUUUAAUUUAUUUGAAUAACUCUUGCCUUAAUGAAUGCCCUAAAAACUAUUUUACAGUUUAGUAAACUGAUGUUUUAGAAUGCUUUGAAUGCCAUAGAUAUUGCUAGCUAGGAUGUUCUGGUCCGCUUAAAGAGGAUUGUGAUUAGAUAAAAUACCAAUAUUAAAUAGUUAUUUUUAUUUUUGUUGCUAAAAGUAUUCUCUGGAUAGUUUCUUCAGUUAUUGGUUACUUUUUAGAUAAAAGAUAAUCUAAGACAUUUAAUUCUAUCAUUAAAUCUCCUCGUUAUGUGACUAAAAGUGAAAAGGUUUCUAAAAUUAGUCUAAAAUAAGAGGAUGAUAAGUAAGAAGAUAGUUAGCAAUAAGAAGAGUAAAGUUAAAACAUUGAAGAAUUGCAAAAUGAAUAAGAAAACUAAUAAAACUACAAAUUAAACAAAUUAGAAGAUGGUUAAAAUUUAAAUUUCUUAGAAUAAAUUAUGUAAUCACAUAUAACAACCAAAAAAAUAAAUCUAAAAAAUAAAAUACAGAAUUCUUAAAGGUCUAUUUAAAUUUCAGAGUAUCAAUAAACUAAUUUAGAAUCAAAUCAUCGCUCUCAAACUAAGAUGUCCAGUUUAUGUUUUCCGACUAUUGGUACUAUUUAAAACUUUAAUAAAACCAAUAACCAAAAAGUUGUAGAUAAUUAAGGAUAGGAUAAUGAAUCUUCCUAAUAACAGGCCUAUCUUGCAAACAAUAAAUUUAAAUUCACAAUACUAGGAAAUGAGUGGGUUUCUUUGUUUUACUUUUAUGAUUCAGAAGUUACCAGAGUUACAAGGGCUAUUUUAAUAUUUUUAAAGUAUUAGGCGUUUUUCUUAUCUUCUGAACUAGUUUACUCUGUAAAUUUUAUUUGA